AUGGCUCCAGUCGCUCAAAGCGACAUUGACAUGGACAGCCAUACUUCGGACAUGGCCAGCCACGACUCGCAGCUGCGCCGACAAUUCUCCGAGCCACUCCAUGCUCAUUCUACAUCUACUCACUCGCCAUCCCUUUCACCCACCACCCCCAGAGCUAAGUGCGCAUGGUGUGGGAAAUUCUUCGAGUCCUCAGAUGACGAUCCAUAUUCUCAAAAUGAGGCUCUCGAAGAACACAUGGCUACGAUGCAUCCGCACAUUGCCAAGUUCUCUUUGUAUGAUGGCGUCGCCGAUGAAGAGAAAGAAGAGGCAUAUGACGUCGACGAACACCCUGGAGAUGACACUGUACUCACAGCACCAGUGUCGGAAGCAGAUGAUGCUCUGGAGGCCGAAGAAGACGGUCUAAUGGAAGCCGCCGAUGAUGGUGUGCAUGAAAGUACUGAAGCCAUGGAAGGUUACGAUAACGAAAAUGACCAGAACGACCUUGACGGCCCUGAUGCCGAAGGGGACGGAGACGGUCAUGAAGGCGAGUCAGACCUUGCUCUAUUCAAUCAACUCCACGAGUUUUCUCGCCAAGAAGAUUCGGUGUCCUUGGACAAACGUAUUCAUAACCUCUGGAACCUCCAUGAAAUCAGCAAGUUUUCUGGAGGUUUUGAAGAGACAUCGGCCAACAUCAGUGGAACCUGGAUGAAAGUCUUCGAGGACCCCAAACGUGCCAAGAAACGUGAUACAUCUGAAUUAUUAGUACGCCCGGAACCUUACAAAAACUCCAAGAGCUCUAGAGGAGACUUUCUUGAGAUCUCGCCUCUGGAAAAUUUCUUGGUCCAACUCCGUGAUCCUGAACUGCGCUCAAGCGAUGAGCUUUACGCCAUCACUGAAAACGUUGCCAAUGUCCUAAAGGUAUGGCAAGACGAGUACUUGGCCAUCGAAAAGCUCUGCAAACAUGCAACCCGGCAAAAUGUAAAGGCAACCAGCGACCCACGGAAACUCGACCGACCCGAGGUUUAUGAAGACAAGAAGGAGGCGAUGCUCUACGGCUACAAGCAUGAAACGAAAGAAGAUAAAGUUCGCAACCAGAACCCCUUCGUUCAAGGUGGAUUCAAGCCUACGCCAGCUCAGUUCAGAAAGAUGACUGCCAAAGCUGGCCCAAAUAAUCCUAAUCCGGACGGUUGGCCAACAAUUACGAAAUUCGGCGUUGAGCAUGUUCCCAAGUUUCAGAACCCUCCGCGAGAGGAGUUCGUCGGUAAGGCAACUCGCAAGCGCAAGGCCGCAGAGUUGGAAGCAGCCAACAAAGCCAACGAGACCGACGAGGCAUUGAACGGGACACCAGCACCCAUAGAGGAAGAGUCAUUUGGGAAGCGGCGCACUCGCACCCGGCGUGCUGGGGAGCUGGAUACUCAACCCACAGGGUCUCCGGCCCCCUCACGAGGCUCCGUUCGUGGCCGGGGCCGGGGCCGCGGGCGGGGAGCUGCGCGUGGAAUGUCUCGUGCGGGCUCGGAGGCUCCGCAGCCUGUGGCCCCGGUGGCGCCAGCUCGGUCGGUUGGUCGUGGCCAUGGCCGCGAGGCUGCAACGUCCGCUGGGCCGUUACAAUCACGUCCUGCCACGGCUCACACUCAGGCAGGCGUUGCCCAUGAUGAAUUACUCGACCCCGCUGAGAAGGCUCGCCGCGAAAAGAUCGCCAACUCCAAAAAUCCAAAGCGGACAGAGGCCAUGCUCAACCACUGGGCCCGGUUCAACCGGGAGGGCCGGACCCGUAACCCGAAACGAUCCAAAGCCCAGAUUGAGGCCGAUCGGGCGGCCGAAGCUGCCAGAAAGGCAGCCGAACCUCCCAAGACUGUCGGCAAGAAGAAGAAAUCAGACAGUCCAGUUUGGGGGGCCCCGAGAGCCGACACAGGUCUUGCUCCAGCACCAGCCAUGCCUGGGCCAGGCUCGCUGCGCCCGGCCCUCCCGGUCCACAUCCCCAACUGGCACCCAUGCCUCCAGCGCGGGGGUCAAUGGCGCCGUAUGCACCCAUCGAUCCCCGGACGGUAG